AUGUUUUCGUCAUCUCGGGUCCAUAUUUUGUGCUUUAUCUUUAUUGAAAUAACCGCAGCAGCUACCGUUUUGCAGGAUUGCAUGGAUGGAGGUUACUGGACCGAGUGGAACCUCACGCAACCCUGCAAUUUUCGAUGCGGCUAUUGUGGUGUUGAGAAAUACGAAAGAACUUGUCUGACCAAGGGUUGCGCUUGCACCGGUAGCCCAACCAAAACCGUCCGUUGUAUCCAGCCGGGAACGCUGCUCGGCGUCCAGGGCUGCGUAGCGAAAGAGCACGAGGAUUUUUGUUGUGAGCCAUAUAUUAAAAUGGUGGCAGUCAGCCAAAAGGCGUACGUUUGCGCGACGUAUCGAGAAGCCAACAUGAACCAAUGUCCGAAAUAUGGAGUCUGGGGACCAUGGAACGAGACCUGCACUGCUACUUGUGGAAUGUGCGGACUUCCGAUAAGAAAUAGAACCUGCAUUUCGGAUAGCUACGGAUGCCCAUGCAGUCUCCGCAAUCCCCUACAACUCCCUGAUCGCUGCGGUUCACCGGCAUGCAAACUCGAUGCCUCCAUCAAACUCGACACCACAACCCUAUCGAUCCACGCCGAUACCUACUGCUGCAAGCCGUACGUGCCAGUUUUCAGUGCAGCUACUUCCGCUUAUGAGUGUCUCCUCCUCGAUGCUACAACCCCGGCAAAAGCU